GACGGCCAUGGCGGGGAAGCCGGUCAAGUUAGAGGAGAUGGUCGCGAAGAAGCUGGCGCUGUGGCACACCCGCACGUUCCGCCCCAUCAUGACCCACGACGAGUUGGAGCCCCUCAUGGCCGCCGCCGGCUUCGUCCCCCUCCCCAUCUGUCCGCCGCCGCUGCCGGAAGAACAGCUACAGCAGCCGUCGGCGGUCACCUGGCGGGAGUAUGCGUCUCGGUUGGAGGCGGCGGCGCGCGGCGGGAGGGGGAAGGGGAGGAGGCGCGGCGCCGGGACCGGGGUGGGUCCCCGGCCGCGUCUGCCCUAUCCCCGCAUCGACGGCCUGCACCUGACGACCUACAAGGCCUUCUUUUUGGCCCUCGAGUUCUACCUCGGCCCCACCCUCGUCCCCAACCUCUUCCACGUCAGGACCAUGUCGCUGACGAGAACGCAGGACCGUGUGUUCGAGAAAUGCUACCGCCCCAUGAAGGACUGCGACAUGGAGGACGAAGGCAUCCUCGUGUUCCGCGACGGAACCAUCGAUCACAUCACGAGGAUCACCAUCAGCCAAUACGGUGGCGAUGAGAUCGACGACGACAAGCACGGCGGCGGCAGUGCUUCUGCCAUCAGCUGCGCAGACAACUCCGUCAAGACCGCUGUCAACUUAUUCAACUUGGUACCUCUCAAGGAUCUUUUCCCAACUGACAACGUUGUAAGCUCUUGAUCAUACCGCAAUGAAAUAACGAGUUGGAAGUGUAUUUUUUCCCCCUUUUUUAUUUU